CAAUGUUGUCAUUUUACAUUUGUCAUUCUCAUUAGGACGCAAUCGGAGGCGGUUGUGCCGGUCCUAUUUGAAAAUGUUUUUGUUCAUAUUUCUAUGUCUCUUCGUCGGUUGUUUGGGAGGCUUUAUCAACAAAGAUUCGCCACCACAAUGGAACGACGUUUAUACGGUCAAGGGUCUGUUGAACAUACCUUACGCGGAAUUACACGAACCGUUUUAUGCGUGGUACGACCGUAAGAAUGCCAAGUCUCGCAUCGACUACUAUGGCGGUAUGGUCAAGACGUACCAGCUGGAGGCAAGCGUGUUCCCGGAGUUUGGUACUUCCAUCAAGAUAGCACCAAUAACCACGGAGCAAGUGCUGAACCAACAGACAUGCCUACAAGUGAACGGUAGCAGUGAUAACAGUAUCAACGUCCAAUCGGUGUUGCCUGAUAUGACAGAUUUCAAAUUUGUCGGCACCGAAACGAUGCAAGACUCGGACACGUCGAAAUGGCGGAUGGUGAACACGAUCGGCGAUAAAGUGAACAAAUACACAAUGUGGGUGAAGUACAGGAAAAGCUUGAGAGGGGAUGUCUUACCUAUACCUGUGAGGUACGAAAUGAAAGGCUACAACUCUCUCCUGGGUUCACACUACGACCAUUAUUACAUUGACUACACCGACUACGAUGUGGAUGAUAUUAAUCAAGAUGUCUUCAAAAUUGAUCCAAGCUACAAAUGCACGUCGUUCCCGGGCCCCGGCAACAAGCACUACGCUACGUUCAACCCGAUGAAGGAGUUCGUACAUCCCGUACACGAUGUACAUGUUGAUGAUGAGUUCGAUAGAUUCCAAACGAAACACAGCAAACAGUAUGCCAGUGAAAUUGAACACGCCAAGAGAUUGAAUAUAUUCAGACAGAACCUUAGAUACAUUCACUCAAACAACAGAAUGCGUCGUGGUUUCACACUAUCAGUGAACCACUUGGCUGAUCGAACUGAUGAUGAACUGUCUGCGCUACGAGGACGCAAGUACUCCGGGCCUAACCCUGGUCUACCUUUUCCAUACGGCAGUGCUGAAUUAGAAGACAUGAGCGUGAAACUGCCCCCAGAAUUCGACUGGAGGCUGUUUGGUGCUGUUACACCAGUUAAAGAUCAAUCGGUGUGCGGUUCGUGUUGGUCCUUCGGUACAGUGGGUGCAGUGGAAGGAGCCCUAUUUCUGCAUAACGGAGGUCACUUGGUUAGACUGAGCCAGCAAGCGCUCGUUGAUUGUUCUUGGGGUUUCGGUAAUAACGGUUGUGACGGCGGCGAAGAUUUCCGCGCCUAUCAGUGGAUCAUGAAGCAUGGUUUGCCGACUGAGGAGGACUAUGGCGGAUAUCUUGGACAGGAUGGCUAUUGUCACAUUGACAAUACAACUUUGAUAACAUCAAUCAAGGGAUGGGUUAAUGUCACCACUAAAAAUGAGAAUGCACUUAAGUUGGCAAUCUUCAAGCACGGUCCAAUUUCAGUGGCCAUCGACGCGAGUCACAAGAGUUUCAGCUUCUAUUCCAACGGAGUGUACUAUGAGCCAAAAUGCAAGAACAAGGUAGAAGAGCUCGACCAUGCUGUACUCGCAGUGGGUUAUGGAAUCCUCAACGGGCAAAAGUAUUGGCUUAUCAAGAACUCCUGGUCCAAUUUAUGGGGCAACGAUGGAUAUGUGCUUAUGAGCAUGAAGGAGGACAACUGUGGAGUACAGGCUGCUCCUACUUAUGUGCUUAUGUGAAUGAAUGAAUGAAUAAGGAGGGGGGGGGAUUGGUAGUUAAUAAAAAGGGGGAGAAAGUUGCUAAGUUUACGAGCAAGGGGGUAAACUUACGGGAGUUAAGAUGAAUGAAUAAGUGAGGGGUGGAGGGGGGAUUUGUAAGUUAAUAAAAGGGGGGAGAAAGUUGCUAAGUUUACGAGCAAGGGGGUAAACUUAUGGGAGUUAAGUUAGAGGGGAAUAAGUCACUAAGUUUAUUUUCUCGAAAACUUGUUUUAGGGUAUCCUUAAGUGAGUUUGGGGCAUAAAUAUUAUGAAUAAAGAAAGUCUAAUGUGAAAUUACUUCAAAAUACUGUAAUGAUAAGUGGUCAGUUUUAUGUGGAAUGAAGAGAAUGCUAUUAUAUUAUUGAAUAAAUGUGGGUAGUUAUAAAAAUGUCUAAAUACUUGAAAAUGCGGGUAGAAUAAUUCAACAUAAAACAUAAUAUGACCACUUAUUUUAUUUUACUAUCUAUAAGAGAUUAUGAAGGUCUUGCAAAAGUUUGUAUAUCCCUGUGAAUUUUAAGUUGUUAUAAAUUUAAGUACAAUUUUCUAGUUUAAUAAAAUAAAUAAAGUGCAAAAUUACGCUCGCUUUUACAUUUUAGUAUUUCAAAUGUCAAGUUUUAUAUAUUAUAAUGCUUUUAAAUAGGUUAACUAUAUAUUUUUUCAUAUAACGUUACUUUAAAAAAAUUGCUCAUAUAUGUAUAAAAUACUCUGUAGUUUAAAAAAGUGAUAGAAGUGGUAUUUCAGAGAAUAUUAUAAAAUUUUAAACACUAACGGUCUUACUAAUAAAAUGUUACCCAUUCGCUAUGCAAUGGAUUAGUUAUUGCAAUAACCUGUCUUGUUUUUAUGAUUGACGUUUCAUGUGAGCAAGAGCAGGACAUAGCAAUGGUAGAAAAUGGUAGAAAUUUAUCCAUUGUUUAACUUUUUAUUAGUAAGGCCAUAUGAUUCGUUUUUCUUAUGCACAUGUGGCAUUUUUAAUUUUUUUUUUGUAUAAAAAAUAUUAAAACUUAACUGUCGCAAGGAAAAUGCAUCAUUUAAUUUUGGUUUAGAAACUGAAUAAAAUACUUGAUAAACUAAUAAUUUUCUGCAUCAUUGAGAUUAGAGAUAAUGCUAAUUAUACACCACAUAGAUUUGCAUGAUAAUUGGCAUGAUACAUUUUGCUUGCUAAUGUUUACUGUAUUGUAAAACGUAAAAUUUCAUCUAUAACUAUAAAAUACCGAUUUAAUUGUUAAAAUAAUAAAUAGUAGAGAUCUAACCAUUGGUAGGGAAACCAAAUUGUUUUACAAUAUAUGAAAAACUUAUUAAAUUUGUAGAUGCUAUUAUUUAGAUUUCAUAGACUAUGUUAAGUUACUAUUGAAUCUCUAAAACGAAUUUCAUUUCGCAGCAUUCCAUGAUAUUACUUGUUUAAGAAUUAUUUUGUAUAAUAAACUCUUUAUAGAAAA